UAGAGAGUCAGUCAGUAGGUCAGUGUGUCCGGGUAGGUCUAAGUGGUGAGGAGUGGGACAUUGUCGUGCACCUGACACCACGAUGGACGACUAUCCGAUGUAUGGGUUGCUGGUUGGGUUCUCCCUCUGGGGGACCCUCUGGCGUCUCCUCUUCCCUCUGGGGUUCUGGCACGCGAUGACGUGUAGAGUAGAUACCCGGGGUGGUGCUUCCACCAAGCCAUAUUCGAAAGAGGAGGAGGAGAAGAUGGCCGCCAUUCUGCAGGAGAGGAAGGAGAAGAAGGAGGCCAAGAAGAAGGCCUUGAAGGAGGAGCAGGCGGCCAAAUUGCAGAAGAUAGAAGAAGAGAUGGCCAGGGAGAAAGAGAGGCUGAAAAAGGAAGAAGAAGAGAAGCUAAAGGAGGUGGAGGAAGAAGAGGAAGGACCGCCACUGCAAAGGCAGAAUGAGCAAAACAGUGGCAGCAGCAGUGAUGAGAUGGAGAAGAAGAUUUCGGAGUGGGUCGCCAACUUAUCCCUGGGUGAGGAAGAAGAGGUGAUGAUGUACAUCCCAAAGGAUGACCAAGAGGCUGCCAUGAAGGCUUGGGAUGCAGAGAAAGACCCUCUUAGGCGACAGGCACUGGAGGACCAACAGAGGAUGGAGUGGAAACUUGCCAUGAUGAGGGAGAAGAAGAGAAGGGUGGAUGCGGCGAGUGAAGCGGUCAAAGAGUUGGAGGAAGUGCAAAAMCURACGUUACAGUUGGCCCCGCAGGUAGAUCUCCAACGUAAAGUGGAGAUUAUCGCCCAGAGCGUCGAGCGUUUAGCCAGGGUACAAGAACAACAAUAUGAGUUUAGUCGCAGCCAGGAUAUAGCUGUGCGUUCGAUGCGACUGGGAUUUCGGGACUUUGCCCGUGAAUUAGUAGGCGCAGUAGGAGCCGAGGUGAAUCAUCGCCUCGAGAAGACUGAGCGCUUUUGUGUCGGCGCCAUUGAGGUCGUCAAGAUGGCAGCUCCCAGGGAGGAAGAAGCACGUUCGCUUAGGGAGCCGAUCAAAGUCAAAUUCCCUGACUCCUACAGUGGAAAAAGGGAGGCCAAUGUUAAGGCCUACGUGCACUUGCAACAGGUCUCCCCGGAUCAGCAGGUCCUGAUUGCGAUCCAUGCCCUGAGAGAUGAGGCCGCUAGUUUUGCAAGGUCCCUAGUUCGCGCUGCCAACUGUAGUGAUGAUCCCGUUGCGUAUUCCUCGUUUACGUCCCUCACCGAAUUCUUAAAGUUGUUGCGCGAGCGAUUUGCUGAUGUCGCUCGCAGCGUUAAAGCCUCAGAUAGGCUGCAGACGAUCCACGCUCGUAAGUGGAAAAGUGCGAGGGCCCUCAAGAGUACUAUGGAUGAGUUAGUGGCUGUCCCUGACCACGGGGUGACGAACACCCAGUUGGUCGGCCUCUUUUAUCGGGUUAUACCCGAAGCCCUUCGUGGGCAUUUCUUCGCAAAGAGCGAAGACCCUGCCACUACAUACGAUUCUCUUAGUCGUGAGGUGGUGGCCUUUGAGGCCAAGUCUAUGUCAGUUUCCACCUUCUGGCACAGGGACUUGGACAAGGGUAAGCAGUGGAAGGGCCGCACUAUCUCAGGGCAAGUGAAGACUAAGGAUAGUCUUGUCCUAACUUUAGACGAGGGUAGUGUGGAUGAGAUCCCCUACGAUCAGAUUGAGUGGGGGUUAGAGGAGGAGGACGGCGGUGUGGGCCAGGGGAGGACUUACGCUGCUGUCGGGGCUGGAGGGAGGCCGCAAGGAGGAGGACGAGGCCAGGGCCAAGGGGGCCGGGCCUCAGGGAGCUGGUUUCAGGGCGAUCAGGGGGUUGGCGGCAGAGGAGGAAACCGCCAAGCGGGUGGAAGGGGUCAAGGUCCCCCGCAAAACCGUCCUAGGAAUAGGUCUCCCUAUAGGGUAGGAGGAUGGCACCCAGUGCUACCGCAGGCCGGGGCCACGCUCCAUCUGAAGGAGCACGAGUGUAGGCUCCCUAGUUCUUCAGGCGAGGCCAAGACUGCCCGCCUUUUCCAUGUGUCAGGAGUAGAGAAUUCCUUGGCGCAUUGCUGCCUUAGUGCCCCCGCGUUCGCCAGACUGGUGAAAAAGGAGAAGUUGGAGGAACAGGUUUUUGUUGCCUAUGUUAGGCCAGUGACUGAGCCUACAGAAGAAAAGCCGAUGGACCCUGCGAUUGCCAAGCUGCUGGAGGAAUUUAAAGAUUUGACUGAGCCGCCGACAGGCACAGUGCCGCGGCCCAUCCAGCACCGUAUCGAGAUAGAGCCUGGCAGUAGAACUCCUAAGGGUGUUGUGUAUAGGAUGUCCCCGCGGGAGUUAGAGGAGCUUCGCAAGCAAUUGGAUGAGCUCCUCGAGAAGGGUUGGAUUAGGCCCAGUUCGUCUCCCUUUGGAUCGCCUGUUCUCUUCGUUCCUAAGAAAGAGGGAGAGCUGAGAAUGUGCACAGACUAUAGGGGUCUGAAUGCUAUUACCGUGAAAAAUGUUGAGCCACUGCCGAGGAUAGACGAUCUCUUAGAUCGAGUGCAGGGGGCCAAGUACUUCUCCAAGAUAGAUUUGAAGUCCGGAUAUCAUCAGAUAGAGGUGCAUCCUGAUGACCAGUAUAAGACAGCCUUCCRGACUCGAUAUGGGCACUACGAGUUCAUAGUGAUGCCCUUCGGACUAASCAAUGCGCCAGCUACGUUCCAGCGCUGUAUGAACGAUUUGUUCAGGCCGUGGUUAGAUAGAUUUGUUGUAGUUUACUUGGAUGACAUUUUAGUGUUUAGUAGGACCCUCGAAGAGCAUCAGGGUCACCUCAGGCAGGUCUUGGAGAAGCUGAGGGAAGCUAACUUCAAGAUCAACGCAAAGAAGUGCGAUUGGGCAAAGACCCAAGUUUUGUACCUAGGCCACGUCUUAGACGGAGACGGCGUUAAGCCUGAAGAUAGUAAGAUCGCAGCGAUUAGAGAUUGGCCCACGCCGCGUACGCUGACAGAGUUGCGCUCGUUUCUGGGCUUAGCUAAUUACUAUAGAAAGUUCGUGAGGAACUUCUCUACCAUCGCUGCGCCCCUUCGCAGACUGUUGAGAAAGGAAACUAUCUAGAAGUGGGACAAGGACUGUACGUCUGCCAUGAAGAAGUUGAAGCAGGCAUUAAUAGAGUACCCAGUCCUUAAAGUCGCCGAUCC